AUGACAGAAAAAGUCUCGGAGCAGCUCGAGAAAUAUUUCUUUAAUCUUCAGUAUGAAGACUAUGAUAAACCUGACCAAAAACUCAUUCAGCUUCUAUCCUUGGAAACUGAAGAAUGCGAAGAACUAUAUCAAAAAGAACCACAACUUUUUGAUCAAUACUUUAAAAUAGCUAAAGUAAACGAACCUGAUACCGAAUCAGAACAGGAAGACAAUCCUAACAUAAACGCUGUCAAGUUCGAAUAUUCAGAUAGCAACGAAGAAAUGGAAGCAGAAUCUUCAUGUAUGGCCACAAACAGAGGCGAGAGAAAGAAGAAAAAGAAGUAUGAGUUCAAAAUGCCUGUGCACAAUGGUAUUCCAAAUAGUGGUAAAGGACCCAAUACAAUCAAUGUCCUCAAUAUUGAUUGUAUCCAAGACUUAAAACUCAGAGAAAGAGUUAUAGAAAAAUGGGUUACUGAGAUUUCAUUAAUCUUACAAACAAACCCAGAUGAAUUUGGAAAUGCAAAAAAUGUUCUCCUACUUUUAUAA